AUCAUUACAACUGUUUCCCGCCAUUUUGAACUGCUAAGCGUUUGGCGGGACUGUUGGCAUCAUUAAAGGCGCGAAGAGGCAUAUUUACAUGGAUUUGCGUCACAAUUCUGUGGCAGUCCACAUCUGAAAUGCAUAUAAAACAGCUUAUAAUACAAGGUUUCCGGAGCUACAAAGAGCAAACCUGUGUGGAGCCAUUCAGUCCGCGUCAUAAUGUGAUAGUUGGCCGAAAUGGAUCGGGGAAAAGCAAUUUCUUUUACGCCAUCCAAUUCGUGCUGAGUGAUGAGUUCUCCCAUCUGCGCCCCGAGCAGCGUCAAGCACUCCUGCACGAGGGAACUGGACCACGUGUGCUCAAUGCCUUCGUGGAAAUCAUCUUCGACAACAGUGACAACCGCCUGCCAGUUGACAAGGAAGAGGUGUCGCUAAGGCGUGUGAUUGGCUCCAAGAAAGACCAGUAUUUCCUGAACAAGAAGAUGGUUACAAGGACGGAUGUCAUGAACCUCUUGGAGAGCGCCGGUUUCUCGCGGAGCAAUCCCACUAUAUAUAGCAGGAUCAACCAGAUGGCCACAGCGCCAGAUUCACAACGGCUGAAGCUGCUGCGAGAGGUGGCGGGCACACGGGUGUACGAUGAGCGGCGCGAAGAGAGCAGGUGCUGCUGCGGGACACUGAGGAUCGCUUCCAAGUAG